ACAACCGGCCCGGCCGGGCUAAACAAAGGCGUGCAGACUCCGAGUUAAAAACAAGUUUAAACAAGAAAAAAAAAAAAAAACGUAAUACUUUGGGCUAAUACACAGUUGGGACAUAAGAGAUCUUUAUUAUUGGCCAGUUAAAUCAUAGCGACAAUUUUAGCUGGAGAUUUCUGAAACGUGAGCUCACCAUAAGCAGUCAUGGUCUCCCUGAAUGUGGACCUGGUUGCCAAAUGCCACGCACACUUGAAAAACAGAAGAAGCAUGUCCCUUUCACAAUAUCUAAAGAAAGUCACCCACCUGAAUUUUUCCAACAAAAAUAUUGAAGAUAUCGGGGAUAUUUCCAUGUGCAGAAACCUCACAGUCCUCUAUCUGUACGACAACCGGCUGACACAGAUCUGCAACCUGGACUUCGCCUGCAGUCUCACACACUUGUACAUGCAGAACAAUAACAUCAAGCGCAUCGAGAGGCUCUCCUGCCUGCAGAGGCUCGCUAAGCUGUACCUGGGGGGCAACAACAUCUCUGUGGUCGAGGGGCUGGAGCAGCUGACGGAGCUCAGGGAGCUACACCUGGAGGGUCAGAGGCUGCCGCCGGGGGAGAAGCUGCUCUUCAUGCCCAGAAGCCUGUUGGCCGUCUCUGAAUCAUUAAACGUUUUAAACAUAAGCAACAACAACAUUGAUGAAAUUCAGGAACUUGCCGUCCUUAAGCAACUGAAACAGCUAUUUGUUGCCAAUAACCAACUUCAGGAUGUUGCGGAGCUAGAAGCCGUUUUCAGCCAAUGGCCGGAGCUGUGCCGGAUGGACCUGAGUGGGAACCCGGUUUGUCACAAGCCCAAGUACUGGGAUACUGUGAUAACUGUGUGCAGGAAGCUUGAGGAGCUGGAUGGGAAGGAAAUUAGUGAAUUUUCCAGACAGUUUCUAAAAAACUGGAAAGCCUCAAGAGAGGUGAAAAAAAAAGUCAGAGAGGAAAGACUAAUGACUGGACCGACAGCCUACCUGUUCCCUGCUCCUCAUCCUGGUCAUACUGUGUGCAGCACUAUGACACGCCGAUCAUUGAACUCUGGACCUGCGGAGUGCAGACACACGGUGGUGCAGUCCGGAACGAAAACUAUCGCCCGUUAAUGCCGUUAGUGGCCAGUCUAACACUGGCAUUUUGGUAAUCAAUAUUAAAUCUUUACGUGCAUUUCUUUUCAUGCACGGAAGGAGUGUGUUUAUAAAAUAUAUUUUCCCAUUGAUUUUAAACCUAAUCAAUGACUUGUCUCGUUAUGGCCAAAAAUAAUGCACAUUAUGAGAUUUUACCGUAGAUACACUUCAUACCACUUCUCGUUUCCUUCCUAUCUACCAAAUGCUGUGUAUUUAUCGAAUACCUCUAGGCAUUAAAAUAUUAUUUUCUUUGCCAUGAAAACACAACCUUCUCUGCCUCAUCCCUUAGAUCUGUCUGUUAGCACAUAUUCGGCCUUUCCCCCAUUUUCACCUGUUUUGUGUACCGCUCUUACCAACUGUCAUGGUACAUUCACGCUGCUUUAAAACUUGAUCACCGGUCACCAUCUGUGAUAUGAUCUAUGAUUUUGCAAAGGCCAGUUAUACUUUGUAUAUAUAUUUAAUACGUUCGUUAAUACGUCAUAGUAACCCAUCCAAUUUUCCCCCUAUUUUUGACUGACACUGGACUGUACCAUAAAUAUCUUACUAUACAAAUAGGUCUAAUACUUAGUGACACCAAAGUUAUUACACUUAAGUAAUAUCAGAAUGUGGGAUCAGUUACACAUCCCCAGCUGAGAUGGUCAGGGGUCUUAUUGGUCUAGAUAUAGGAUUUGAUUUCUCUGUCUAUCACUCAUAUAAUUCAUAAUAUCACUCAUAUAAUUCAUCAAAGCAGGUGUAUGAUUCUUCAAAGCAAACUGGUCUUUUACGUGGUCAGAAAAAUUAUCUUAGUGAAAUUUGUAAAUGUCUACAUUUACGCAUUUUAGCCUGUUGCAGUUUAUCCUUCAUUGCUCAUUGUAAAAGCUUUAUUCAUUCAGUAUGAGUCACAUGCCAGUAGUCACACUUAUCAGGACAAUGACUUCUUUAAAACACCCACCCCACCUGCGCAUUGUUAUUUAAUUCAAAUCAAAUUAAAUCAAAUCAAAUAAAAAAACUUUAUUUGUCCCGAGGGGCAAAUUUAGGCACUCAGAGCAGUGUUGCACAGACACAGAACCGGACAUUAACGAAAUAGAACAAAUAAAAUAAAAUAUCAGAAUAAAAGUAAUAAUAAUAAUAAUAGUAAAGAAAUAAAGUGAUGAAAUGGUUUCAAUAUAUACAUAAGGUGCAAAAUUGCAGUUGCAAGUAAGUAAAUUAACAGACUAACGUAAGAUGCAGAAUUAGGCAGGUGAAUAGGUAGUGGGGAAUGAGAAUAUGGUUAUUCCUUUAUAGGGUUUGGUGCAUAAAGGCAGAGGGUGAUAGUGGCUUCAAAUUCACAUGUUGAACAGCCCUUGGAACAUAAGUGUUUCUUCUCCUUUGUGUCCUGCAAUCCUGGCAGCGGAUUCGGCGCCCGGAAGGAAGCCACUCAAAGGCUGGGAACAGCACAUGUGAAGAGUCCUGUAGGAUUCUGAGUGCUGUUCUCAGUGUUUGCAGCUCACAUAAGGAGGACAGAGUUCUGACUGGGGAUCCACUUAUUUUAGAGCACACCUGUUUAGCCUUUACAACAGAAAGGCAAAGAGCAGCACAUAGAUAUUAAACAGAACUUGGCGAAAAGUGAUUACAAAAUGACUACUAUACCUAGAGUAAAUCACAAUUUACAAAUUUAUGAGCAAUUAUAGGAAGGUACAACUAGCGCACGUGUGCAUGCAAUAUUUUCAGUAAUAAUUAGUGUGAAAUACAUAAGUUUACAUAAGUGGAUGUGCGCGUAAAUACUUGGGAGAAAAUGUUUCAAUGACUGUAUAACCGGUUUUUCAAACUUCCUGUUCUCUGUCAAGCAGACUACGGACCGUGAAGUUUUCAACAAACGCAGAGGCGCCAAUUCUCCCCACAUCCGGGGCCAUAUGGCUCUGUGAAAGCUGUAGCUAAGUUUAACCAAACUGGAUAUCGGCACUGUUGACAGAUCAUUGCCUCUGUGCUGACGAAUAUAUCCCACAUUCAUAUUUAAAUAAGCUUCGUUGUUAAGCUUCGUUUUAAUACACUGCCAAUGGUAUGUAUGGCUGCACUUGUUUCAAUCUUAGACCAAGAACUGGAAAGGCGUACUGAUAAUCAAAAUGUUGUAUGUUACCCUGACUUACUGGAUGUAGGCUAUACAUCAAUCCACGUGAAUAUGCCGAAGUCCUAUUCAAAAAGAAUUUAAAAUUGUGUUGUUAUGAUUACCUUAAAGUCAAGCAAGUUGUUUUGACAUUAAUUAUUUAACAUCAUUCCUAUGUGUUUUUGGGCAAUUUUAUUUGUUGAGUGAGAAUUAGAGUUUCGUUGUACAUGUAGAAUGACAAUAAAGAUAUUCUAUGAAAGCAAGAAUUGUGUCGCAAUAACUCAGGUAGCGUUUCUAAUAUACUAAUGCAACAUACAAGACAGUGGUGCUUAUGGGUAUGAAAAAAUAUAAGGAAAAGUGUUUGAGAGCUUCGUUAAUUUCGUAUAAUAUCUGCAUGAUUUACUUGUUACAGUAUAAUUCAAAAAUACCAAAUAAACAAAGCUACUUAUGUAUGGU